AUGGGCGUUGGCGGGAAUUCACCUCCCACCGGGUCAUAUACCCAUCACCCAACAGCUCCAGCUCCAGCCAGUAUGGUGGAGAAGCCACCUACAGGCCUAGAUUCAUCACUUACUGCGGGUAACACAGGUUUGCCAAGUGGUACAGCAUUCUAUAUGAACUACUCGUAUAAUCUGGAUAUGCCAGACCACUACCUCGUGGACGACGAUCUCGGAGAUGGGGAGUCCAAUUCAUCGGAGGACAGCAAUGGAAACGAGAGUCUUAACAUGCCGAGCUUUGAAGAGUACCGGGAUCAUGCCCUGAAGCCUCCAGCUAGUCGGUUUGGCAAGACCAAGCCUAGAUCAUGGCGCCGAGAACUCGAAUAA